AUGGGCACAUGGAACGUCAGUAGAAUGGAGAGUCCAAUACUGCUGCUGCUGCUGACUUUUUUCACUUCCUGUUAUUGUAAUUAUGUUCCAGUCGUUAACAUGUCUCUAGUGAAGUUGAGAGAAGACCUGCUUCCAGGUGCAUUUGCAUUCCAAAUUGAGGCCUAUGACCUGGACAAUGACCCUCUUACAUAUAAAAUUGAAAAGGACAAUGGUCAUUUCAAUGUAAUUGAAAAUACUGGUGCUGUGUUUAUCAAGAAGCAGCUUGACAGAGAGGACGUCUACCUUCUCCCUAUUCUAGUUAUCGUUAGCGACGGAAUUGAUGCUCCUACUGAACAACCGGUUAAUAUUUUGGUGUUAGAUGCCAACGACAACGCACCCAGGUUCAUAAACAGCCCGUACAACAUAGAAGUGCAAGAGGACACAGCACUAAACACGAAGCUGCUGACAGUGACCGCAACAGAUCCUGAUGACGGAUUAGCCGGGACCGUCACUUACAGUAUCAAUCAUGUCAUCCCAACCGAGGGACUUGGUGUGUUCUCCAUCCAGCCGGCGUUGGGAGAUAUCGUGCUGACUGAGCCGCUUAAUUUCACCCACAAGAGCACGUUUUAUCAGUUACUCAUCGUAGCAACUGAUGGUGGCGGACCACUUUACGACAAGGACCACUACGUUCAAUCCUCCAACGCGACUGCUUUCAUCACAGUGAUUGACGUUCCAAACAUCGACCCCCAGUUCCUAAACCUCCCGAACUUGGUCUCUGUGAACGAACAUUCACCUGUCACCACGUCAGUGUUCAAGGUCCAGGCCAGAGAUCCUGACACAGGGAUCAAUGAUGUUAUCCGAUACAGCAUCGAAGACACAAAUGCUCCCGACCUUUUCCAGAUUGAUGUGAACAGUGGCGUUGUUACUGUAAAGACCGAUAUUGACCGAGAAGCUCUACUGGACAUCGGCAUCACUGUUGUUGACCUCACGGUGAAGGCCACUGAAGCUAACCUGAACGUGGACGGCGUGUACGCGAGUACCAUGGCUCUGCUCCAGAUCCAGAUCAAUGACAUCAACGACCACGGGCCGCUGUUUUACAAGUGUGAGGAAGAAGCAGUGUGUACGGAGGAGAGCAGCUUUACCGGCGAAGUGGACGAACACUCGUCCGUCGGUCUGUCCAUCACUGGCCUCAACAUGAGAGUCAAAGAUAAAGAUGCUGGAGAGAACAGCCGUUUUCAGCUGCGCCUGGAGGGACCGGACAAGGACGCGUUCUCCGUCUCCCCCGUAGACGACCAGUCUGACCGGGCCGUGCUGAUCCUGGUCAAACACCCUUUGGCAGUGGACUACGAGACGAAAAAGAUCAUGCAUGUGCAGGUAGUGGCUCAAGACGCCGGCGUGGCCGAAUUUGUGUCCACAGCUACGGUCACCAUUACAGUCAACGACAUCAACGAUAACAUCCCGCAGUUCAAUGAAGGAAUGUAUGAGUUAAGCGUGUUUGAGCAUUGCGACAAUGGCACCAUCGUCGGCACCGUCACGGCAACAGAUGAAGAUGAGUUGGAUGACGGCCUCCUCACCUACAGACUGCUUCCAGUGAGCAUGUUACCUUUCUUUGAUGUCUAUACUGACAACGGGACCAUUUAUGUGAAAAAUGGAGAUUUGCUGGACAGGGAGCGCAGGAACUUGUACUCUCCCACACUGCAGGCUACAGACUCAGGAGGAAACCCGGGCUCCACCGUGCUGGAGAUCACCAUCCUGGACAUUAAUGACCAAACACCACAAUUUUUCAGAGACUACGAGAUCUUCAUUCGUGAGAACAACCAACUGGAGCUUCAAGUCGAGGCCCGAGAUGAUGAUGAGCCAAAUACUCUCAACAGCAAAAUCCAGUACACCAUCAUGCCCAGUGAGUACAGCGCCAACUUCACGAUCGAUAAAGACACCGGUUUGAUCAAGAACAACGGCAUUCUGGACCGCGAGGCUAUCGAUCUCAGUCUGAAUGGGGUGAUUGUGUUUAACGUGACCGCCUCCGACAUGGGCGUACCGUCUCUGUCCUCCUCGGUCAAGGUCACCAUCAACGUCGAUGAUGAAAAUGACAACAAACCUGUGUACCUGAAAACAGAAUACACCUUUCACGUGAAAGAGAGCGAAAGAGGUAUCACGGUGGGUUUUGUGCAUGCCCACGACGCUGAUCAAACUGAGUACAACAACCGCAUAUCCUUCCGUAUCACCAGCGGCAGCGCCGGCAGCUUCCUGUGCAUGUCUGAGCCCAACAGCGAAGGCGACGGCUAUCAAGGAAAGAUCACGGUAGAUCCGGACGUCGAGCUGGACUAUGAGAGCAAUGUGAGGAGCUACAACCUGGUGGUGGAGGCCACUGACCUGGGCAACAACAAGGCAGAGUGCAAAGUUCUCGUGGUGGUGGUGGAUGUCAACGACACACCUCCCGUUUUCCCGGCCGAUGCGGUGGAGAGCGUGGAGGAGAACUCGCCCCCGUUGAUGGAGGUGGGACAGAUCCAUGGAAGCGACGUGGACUCGAAUCACUCGCUGGUCUACGAGCUGGUGUCACUGGACUGCCACUGUAAUAACACGUGGGGCACCUGUCAGGAGAAUUGGUUUUUCCUGACGCCUACAGGCAUGAUCAUGACCGAAGAGGGCGUGACCAUCGAUUACGAGAAGUGUGAUGUGGUGAAAAUGAACGCUCGAGUGGUGGAUAUAUAUACAGAGAAGGGAAGGAACAGUACUGACGGUGUUGUCACGAUUCGUAUCUUGGACAUGAACGACAACGACCCCGAGUUCAUCCCUCUUCAGGACUUUUUUGUCCUUAUAGCCGAGACUGUCGAUGAGGACAAGAUCGUUGCCAGAGUUUAUGCCAAGGAUAUAGACACAGGGGAGAAUAAGAAGAUCAUAUUUUCAGUCGAGUUAGUAGAAUUCGUCAGCGCCAGCUCGGAGAACAAGCCAGGAGAGAUCGUGUCCGACAUUUUUAAAGCAGAGACUGAACCGGAGGACGAGUGGGGCAACUACAAGGGAGUUAUCAAGGCCAAAAGGACCCUGGAGAUUGACGAAAAGGGCAAAUACCUGGUAACAGUAAUGGCUAAGAAUGGUGAGCGCAGUAAAAAUGAGAUUUUGGAGCUCAUCACCGUUGACAAGUCCUACAAGGUCGGUCUCAGAUUUGAAUCACCAGCAGAUGAAGUCAAUAAUAAUCUGCCAAACAUCAAACUAGCGCUGAUGGGAGCGACAAAGGCGACGGUGCACGUGGUCAAAGUAGCACCCGAGUCCACUGACAACACACAGAGAAACGACAAAGCUGAAAAGAAAGUGUUGACCCUUCUGGAGGUCUACUUUGUGUUUCCGAAUGGGACGGCCCUAGACUCGGAUUCUGUGGGGAGGAUCUUGAACUCGGAGGAAGUUUACCAGGAGUAUGGAAUCAUCCUACAGCAGUACGGUCUCACCGGCAUUCUGGGAACCACAAAUCCUCAGAGAGAGAACAAUGUGCUGCUGUUCGUGAUGAUCGGACUUGUGGCGGGGCUCGUGAUUGUGCUCGCUGUCACAACAACGUCACUUGUGUGCAUCAGGAAGAAGUACAAGACGAAGCUGAAGGCAGCCAAGGCCAUGAACACAGCAGCUUUGGAAGCCACCGAGAAACAGAAAGAUGGGCCUGUUGUUCCGGGUACGAACAAGUACACCAGAGACGGAGCAAACCCAGUGCUGAACCUGAACAUUGACAGUACAACUGACCUGGGUUUUGAUGAAGAGGGAUCUAAUGCAGAAAGAGAAAGUAUCAGUUCCCUGGACUUCAAUAUUGACAUGAGAACAACAGAGAACGACAUGAUGCCAAUGAAGACCAUGGAGGAGGGAGAAGAUGAUGAUUCUUCAUCCAUUGAGCCGCUGGGUGCUGCACUAGCUCAGAGAGGAAAGAAGGUCAUCAUAGACAGUCCAAGUCUCACUUUCACCAACCCGUCUGCAGACACAACAGACCUGUGACGUGCCAUCAGUUGGCUCUGACCUUUACUCUGAGAUGACUAGAAACAGAAACAGACUCAACUGACCUGCACCAGAUGUAAAACCAGGACUUUUUCCUAGAACAAUUACAGCUGUUUUAUCUAUCACAAGAAAAUAACACUAUAUAUAUAUAUAUAUAUAUAUUUAUAUAUAUAUUCAUUUGCUAGUUUGGCGCAGCUGCUGUGGGUUUAUAUGUUUGUUUUGUAAUUAUUGUACAAUUCCAGCUCAAAUAAAAAGUGUUUUGUUUCUUUCACAAAUAUUAGCUCAGAAUAAUAUUUAACAUUAAAAGUGAACAUUGUAAGCAAUAAAGUUAUAGACAGGAUUUUGUUAGUACAA